AUGUCAUUCAUUUUUGGACGUCGUCGGUCGCAAGCAGACGCGGUCACCAACCACCCUGAUGCCGGCUUAAAGAAAUCAGGUCGAGAACGCCAUUCACCCUCGGGCACGAAUCAGGAUGAUACGACCGACCCAGGAAUCUUUCAUGGCUUGUUUCGCAAGCGCACCGAUAGCGCGCUGUCUUUAGAUUCGACCCAGAAUGCACAGAAACAGAAUCGAGACAAAGGACCUCGAUCGGAUACCCAGGAGCUCCCAGUGCGGGAAAGAGGACGCGAUCCGUGUCGUCGGGGCUCCAGAGAUUCCACUCCAAGCAAUUCAUCAGGGAGAGGAAGUCCAGAGCCUCAUCCUGCAGCGGCACACAGCGAACCCAAACAGCCAGGGAACAUUCAAGACUACUUGGACUAUCGGCUUGACAAAGCAGGACUGCCGGAUGACAGUACUGAUCCCAAGGUCUCAUCGGAGCUUGGAUCGGCUCUAACAAAAAAGGACGUCAAGGCACUGCUUUCCGGCGCGCCUCACUUCAUGCUGGAGCGAGGCAAGCAUGGUCGGUGGUAUCCGCAAGUCAUCUUUCCCUGGGAUGAGCACGAUCCUUCCAUCCAACGGAUGUUGGAUCGUAAGCCUCUUGCCCAUGCCUCGUUCACGCUGUGUACGUUGCAUGCUCAUCUACCGGUUCCCGAUGACUGGGCUGUGAAAGGUGGAGUGCCCAUUCCGCUGCAAGAUUGGCGUCGUAGCGGAGCUUUCAAGAGAGCGGCAUUCGACGUUGGAGUAUUCGAAGUCCCCAAUAUGUUGGGAAACAAUGGCAAGGAGCCGGGGACUAUCGGCUUUCGAAAUUUCCUGGAGCUGCCAAACGCAGACCUGUUGAAAUACAUGGGCCCCGAAGAGCCAAGAGAGUCCUUGAACAUGCAACGGGUUUCAUCGCUUCCUGCCACCGAAGCAUUUGAAUUGAUGGAUCAGUAUAAUAAGCCAUAUUCACAGUGUCUCAGCGGUGCUGUGUUCGAUCGACGCAAGCUCAUCAAGGAUGGACCGGCUGGAUGGAAGCGCAUUGGCGUUCGAGAUGUUAAUCUCAGAUAUCUGGUACAACGUCUUGACCAACUACGACAGUUGCGCCUCGAUGUACUUCGCCAAGGGUCAACCAUUACCAUUUUGGAUGUCGAGUCGCCACACGAACUACAUGAUAUCUUACACACUCACUUUCUCCAUCCUCAUCCACCGCCCGCAGAUCUGCUGCCAGGGCACCCGCAAAGCUUGAAAUCUCAGAUCAAAACACUGGCAACGGUUCUAGCAACCCCCGGAGCCUGGAUCGAUUUCAGUCUCCCUGAGUGGCGGUUCAGAGCCGGCCAAAUACUGUGGGAGACACCUCCUCAUAGAGAUGGAGAUUGCGUGGUGCCCAAUGAUUGCUCUACGGGGACGUCCAAACAUCCUUGGGUCAAUUCUGGCAUGGAGCGAAAGUGGCUUCUGAUCCAGAUCCUUCUGGCGGCUGAGCUUCUAUUCCGCCUCGAUGCUUUCGUCCGCGUGGGCAUGCUACAUGACCCCCAUGGAGGACUGAUCACGGCAUCAGAGCUCCAGCACUUUGAUCAACUUCGAGAGGGAAAAGUCAAUUGGGAUCUCAUCUUUGUGCGUCGGUUUCUCGACAAUCUCGAUAUUACAUGCGAUUCAACUCCAUCCCCCAAUUCACCUGUCGGUGGUGGUAGCCCGUCACCAUCGCCCGUGGAGAAGCCACCGACGAAACCCCGUCGCUUUUCUCUUUUUGAUUCUAUCACUCGCCGCAUUUCAUCUAUGCAGGAAGCUGAUGUGCGAUCUGCUUGGGAGUGCCAAAUCAGCUCUCCGUAUGUGCGACAGCAGCUUGAGGGCUUGUAUGUCUUUGCGGAGAACAUUGGAUGGCCGAAAGCCAGUGCUCUCAGAUCCCAUUUUGAAGAAAUUUGCAAGAGUGGCAAAGACCUAUUUACUCCACGGGUGAAAGCUGAUGGAGAUUGCGGCCAGGGGUGGGACUCUGAAGAGAUCACGAAGACAGUUCUGGAGAAAAACGACAUGUACAGCCGCAGUCGAUGCCGCCGCAGCGUCAAGCUACGCAGUUUAUCUCGCGAAGACAAGGAUCCGCAUGCGUCUGAAGUCCUUGGCUGGAUCUCUCGAAGCUGGCUCUCAGGCCUCGUCAUUCCUGGCGAGGCAAUCUGCCAUCUCCUGAUCGGAACUCUUUUGGAGAACGAUGCUGAUGCGAUUGAACGACUGGGGCCUACAGCGAAUCUCUACGGCGGCUUUGUGUAUGAUGGACGCAGUUAUUGGAGCAAGGCUAGCAUUGUGGGACGAGUGCUCUCUAGUCUGGACGGAGCUAAAACCUGCAUGGGUUGGGUUGGCAGCGACGUGCUUCCCCGCGACGAGACGACAUUCGAGCCACUGGCCGAAGGUUGGUUUGAGGUUCCCAUGCAAAAAGCCAUCCGCAGUCCUGGAAAGUCGCGCAUCAAGCAGGGCGGGAAGUUGGCAAUGGAGUCGACUCCGCUAGGAAUGGGUGAUAUUACCGCAGACGCCUUUACGCUGCCGGUCGACCAGCCUGCAUCUGCCUCCAUGCCGGACGUGAGCCUGGUCAACUUGACUUUAUCAAUACGGUCGCAAUGCAAGCGAGGCAUCACGACCAGCGACCAGGCUUCUUUAUCCUUCUCCCUUCGGAGCGCAAACACGCCAUCCCCGGCCACGGCUUCGUUCCCGCUCAGGUAUAAUGUGCGCUUCAUUUCGGCCCAUGAAUGUCGACGGCCACGGGGGGUUGCAGCCCGCCACAAGGACUGUUCAGGUCCUCACGACGAGCAUGAGGAGCAGAAGCAGGAGGAGUCGGCGACACCUGACUGGGGCCAGUUCAAGCGCUUACCAGGUCAUCCACUGCACCAGUCAUUCCCAUACCGCCAUGUGUCCCUCAAAGCCCUCCCAGAGCUCCCCGUACCGACUCCUCCGCUCGACGGGAAACCUGAGGUCCUCGUUAUCGACGCGCGCGGUUCUCGAGUCAAGGAGACCUUUGCGCGGGCAUGGUGCGCUUCUGUUGGCUGUCAUGGUCUGAUCGGUCGCGUGGGGAGGACGUGUGUGGCGUGUUGUGUACGGGAAGCGAGAGCAUUGGAUGUACCGGUGGUGGUUCGAGUGAGCGACUGA